CAAAGCGACGCCAUUUACUGCCUUAUUAGCGUAACUUUAUUCAAAGUUCAAACGUAUUUUUCUCUUAUAUAAUUGCCGUCUUUAUAAUCGAGACAAUUCUUAAUCAAUCAUAAUAAUUGGUAAAUUACAAGGAUCGCCGAUAAUUGCUGUAAUAAUAUAACCUGUACUAUUGUUACGGAUGAUCACUGAUAAUCUACUACAGAACAGGUUUUCUUCAGUAUCCUGUAAAUUUUCCUCAGUAACAUAUUCUAGAUAACCUGUUUUGUUAUAAAUGAUCACUGGUAAUGUGUAAAGGAACGUGUUUUCUAUGUAUCGAGUUAACUUUCCUCAAUAACAUACUCUAGAUUCUCCCUCAGAAGAACCUUCCUUCCUUCGUCAGUUUUGAUUAGCAUCAGGAUUUUAGGAAAUGCAUGUUGUUUAAUGGUACUACAUGGAACAUUACCAAUAGCAACUCUCAAGUGUAUGAAACAACAGUGAAUUAUUGUCUGCGUAUUUAACAAAUUUAAACAACAAGUAAAAGUUGUUUUGAAUAUUAGAUUCAUACAUCAGCAGUGACAUCUGGUUGUAGUCCUUCAAGAUAAUUUACUUAAUUUUUAACAGAUUUACUCAGUAAUUAUUUGUAAACAAUUCUAUGUUAAGAGUUGUGAAUUGAACACAUUGUCAUUACAGAACAGGACAGGACAUAAGGCUAAAAUGAAUCCAGGACAUUCUUUAGAAUUUCCUUUGAAAAGUGAAACUGAAGGUGCAUUAUCACUACCUUCCAUAAAUCAAGAAAACAGCAACUUGGCUGCCUUUAGUGGAACCAGUGAUGAAGACUUUUUGUCUCUGGAUCUAUUGAUGGACAUCAAAAUAGAACCAGAGGAAUUCUGUGAGUCUAAUGCAGAUGAUGAAUAUUCAUAUGAAAUGCAUUCAACAGUGAAUGAAAAACAUCCACAAACUUGCAAAAAGGAAGUAAAACAAGAAAGAAGGAAUAGGGACAAUGGAGAGAAGCUUUUCAGAUCCACUGACUGUGAAAAAGCAUUUUACAAGAAAAUUAAUCUUACAAAUGAUAUCACAAAUCCUACCAGAGAGAAAUUCAUAUGCAAUGACUGUGGGAAAGCAUUUUCCUUGAAACAUAAUCUUAUAGCUCAUAUGAGAAUCCAUACGGGAGAGAAUCUAUUCAUAUGCAACGAAUGUGGGAAAGCAUUUUCCCAGAAAUCACAUCUUACAGAUCAUACGAGAAUCCAUAAUGGAGAAAAGCCAUUCAUGUGUAAAGAAUGUGGAAACGUAUUUUCCUUGAAACGUAAUCUUAUAGCUCAUAUGAAAAUCCAUACUGGAGAGAAGCCAUUUAUGUGCAAAGAAUGUGGAAAAGCAUUUUCCUGCAAAACACAUCUUACACUUCAUAUGAGAUUUCAUACUGGAAAGAAGCCAUAUAUGUGCAACGAAUGUGGGAAAGCAUUUCCCCAGAAAUCAAAUCUUGCAGUUCAUAUGAGAUUGCAUACUGGAGAGAAGCCAUAUAUGUGCAAGGAAUGUGGGAAAGCAUUUUCCCACAAACCAAGACUUACACAUCAUUUGAGGUUGCAUACUGGAGAGGAAAAAGAAACAACAUGAUAAAAUAAACCAGUUAAGGCAGAGAUCUCUCAAAUGACCAACUAUAUGAGAGAUCGAAAUCACUCACAAAAUCUCAAGAAAAUAAGGAAAAUAAAGAAAAAAUACAGAAUAGGGGAUGAACAAAUGAGUGAAAACUGGCAGAACACCAAGCCAAUAUAAAGGCCCUAGCUUCACAAAUAGGAAAUGAAAAACAGAAGAUAAAAGUAAAACAAAUAAAUAGGCAGUUUGGUGAAAAUCCUAAGAUUGUGUAUAGGAAGAUGACGAAAGAAACAGUGGAGGUAUGAACACCACCGAGCAAGGAAGACCUAGUGAGAUUUUGGAAGCCACUGUUUGAAGACCUUAGACAACACCAAGAGAAUUCAUGGAUUGACACCAUUAGGCAGAAGAACAGCCAGAAACAGCAAAUGCCACCAAUAAGGUUCACCAUCGAAAAAGUAACAAAGAAAAUAAAAGAAUAUAAUAAUUUCAAGAUAACAGGAUAGACGAGAUCCAAGACUGAGCUCCCUAAAAGCUCUUGAGACUGAGCUCCCUAACAAACAUAGGCCCAUCUGCUACCUUCCAACAACCUACAAAUGGCUCACAUGAGUCAGAGCAGACGAGAUUUGUGAGCACCUAGAUCAAGGCAAAUAUAUGGAAAAAGAACAAAAGGGAUGUACAAGAAACAAACUUAGCAAUAAAGGUCAACUGCUAAUAGACACCGUGCCGUGCACCUGGAUAUUCAAAUGUAUGGAAUUAUACAACAUCAAUGAGGAAAUAAGAUCUUUCUUGGCAGCACAGAUGAGUAAGUGGAAGACCACUCUGUCUAAAACACUCUGAGGGCCAGAUAGUAAUUCCAGACAUAAAGAUCCAAAGAGGAAUAUUUCAGGGUGACAGCCUCUCACCACUUCUAUUCUGCUUGACCAUAGAUCCGCUUAGGAAAAUCUUGAACAACAUUAACACUGGCUAUGACUUAAGCAAAAGCAGAAGCACAAAAGAGAAUAAAAGAGUGAAUCACCCACCUGCUCUUCAUGGAUGACCUGAAGUUGUUUGCAGACUCAGAAUAAAAAUUGGAAGAACAAGUUAGGACAGUCCACCAAUUCUCAAAUGACACCUGCAUGGAAUUUGGGUUGGACAAGUGUGCCAAGAAUACAAUAAAGAGAGGGAAGAGAGUAACAUCAGAAGGUAUAAAGGUAGAGGAAGGCAUAUUUGUUGAAGACCAGGCAGAGGAGUACUUGGGAAUAGAAGAAAACACUGGUAUAGAACACAAAAAAGUGAGAGAAAAGGUAAAGAAAGAAUACAACAGCCACUUGAAGAAUUAACAAUAAAGAACAAGAUCACUGCCAUAAACCAGCUGGCGAUACCAUUGGUGACAUAUGGUUUUGGCAUUGUAGACUGGCCACAAAGUGAGUUA